UCUACCCCCUGUGCUAUCACUCCAGUCCUGGAAGAAUUCACAUUGUUAAACAGAGACUCAUCCACAGUCAACACAAUGGAAAUCUCUCAGACUUAUGACUCCUUUCAACAUGAACUUGAGGCUUACAUUAGAACUCAGAAAGCCAGAGGAUUGCAGCCAGAUGUUUGCUUCAGAAAAGGAACUGAAGACUCCGCAUACAGAGAGUGGGGCCACACCAGGCCUGCGCCUUUAACGCGGAACCAAAGAGUCUCCUUGAAGAGAUCCUCCGAAAUUCCUGGUUCCUGUGAAGGGCUCACAACAGUGGAGAACCAGUUACCAGCAGCGUUCAGAAUUCAUGGCUGCAGACAGACAGCAGAAACUCUGCGCUACUGUUGGGGAAACCGCCAUCCUUUCUGCCAGGGCCCAUGGCCGCCGAGCCCACCUGUUCACACCAAGACAGUGGGUCCCCAUGCCACACCCCGCAGAGCAAAUACCAGCCGCUCCUUGGGGGACCGCAACAGCAUCCACGGGGCAGGAGACCAAAGCCAAAGUCAAGGAACAAGGUCUAGUGAGGAGAGAGGAAGAAGAGGCCUUGGUGAGGACGAGCAGGGAGGACGGAAGAGGAGGCACCAUACAGAGAGAGGACCUCACAAAGAGAAGAGGACGGCUGAGGGAGAGCCACGUAGUACAGGCAAGCCCAGCUGUGGAAAGGGGAGCAGCCCAGUUGGGGUCCCCCGAAAGAAGAGAAGAAAGUCAGACAGAGAGAAGAGGCGGCCUGGCCCGGGAAGCUUGCAGGAGAGGGACUUGUGGGAUGAGGCAAUCCUCGGUGGCUGCUGCUGAUGCUGGCGGUGUGGGAGCUAAGGAAUUCGAGUCCUCCGGAAAGGCUGGGCUCAAAGACCUCAAAUAAAUUCAGUGGCUGCUACUUCACAAAAACGCAAUGAGAUUCCCACCUCAGAUCAUGCUUUUGUUGGUUUUCUUGGGCCACACCUCCUGGUGCUCAGGAGCUACGCUGGCUCAGGAGUCACUCCUAGGCUGGACAUUGAACCCAGGCCUCUGGCAUGCAACAUAUGCCUUGCAUGCACUUAGCAUGCACUUAGCAUCUUAAACUAUCUCUGCAGCCCUAAAGAUAGAAAUUUUAAAACCAAAGUGUAAAAGGUGU